AAUUUAAAGAAAGAUAAAAAAAAAAAAAAGUACAAUAGGGCCUGUAGCUCAGUGGUAAAAUGCUUGCCUAACUUUCCAGAAGCCCGAGAUUCUAUCCCUGGCACUGAAAAAAAAAUUUAAAGAAAAAAAAGCGCUGCAAAGGUGGGGUGGAAACAUGUGAGCUCCUGGCGAGCAGCAGGGCUGUGGGGUCUGGGAGCUGGGUCUGGGUGAGGCGAGGGUGCCCGGGUGCUGGAGGAAGAGUCCCCUGCAGAGCCGAGACAGUGGCUGCAUAGCCGCUGGAAGGCGUGAGGGGGCUCUGUGCCGCUUGCUGCCAUCUGCCGUGCUAAUUGGAUGGGAGUAUUAACUGUUCCUCCUCAGCUCUGUGCAACCCGAGACUCGGGAAGCGUGACCUGUGACUGAGGAGGUGCUGCGAUUUUUUCCGUGCAUUUAAAGUGGCGUUGCCGUGCGCGUUGGUUUCGCCUAGAAGGGUUUGGUCGCGGUUUGAAAAAGAAGCGUCAUUGUUCCUCUCUGCUCCUCUUUGGUGCCAGGGAUGGAAUCCAGGGCCUUGCACACCCAGCAGAGCUCCUAGAGCCGUGUGCCCAGGCGCAGGGCCGCCUUGACUCGGGAAGGUGUGUGUGAGCAAGUGUGGCAGCAGGGUGACACUGGCCUUUCUGAUGGGACUGUCGGCCACGCGGCUGGGGCCGGACACAGACUGGGCCGCUGCCAUCCGCGUUGCUGUUCUGGACUGUGCAGAAGAAAAGAACCAGGAGGUGUGCCGUGCCUACGACAUCCACUUCUACCCCACCUUCCGGUAUUUUAAAGCAUUUACGAAGGAGUUUACGACGGGAGAGAACUUCAGAGGGCCUGACAGGGAGCUACGCACGGUCAGGCGCACCAUGAUUGACUUCCUGCAGAACCACACAGACAGCAGCCGGCCACCAGCCUGCCCGGGCCUGGACCCGAUCCCGCCCAGGGACGUUCUCGCCCUCCUCGGCAGCCACCGUGGCCACUACAUGGCUGUGCUGUUUGAGAGCAACAGCUCCUACGUGGGACGAGAGGUGAUUUUGGACCUGAUUCCGUACGAGAACGUCGUGGUGAACAGGGCGCUGGAUGGGGACAGGGCCGUGCUGGAAAAGCUCGGUGUGGCCACAGUGCCUGCCUGCUACCUGCUCCACCCCAACGGCUCUCACGGGCUCGUUCAAGUUGCGAAGCCUCUCCGAUCCUUUUUUUCCUCUUAUUUGAAGUCAUUGCCAGAUGUAAGGAAAAAAUCACUUUCCUUGCCUGAAAAGCCCAACAAAGAAGAAAGCACAGAAGUCGUGGCUUGGAGAGAGUUUGACAGGGCCAAGCUGUACACCGCCGACCUGGAGUCAGGGCUGCACUACCUGCUGCGGGUGGAGCUGGCCGCCCACAGGUCGCUGGCUGGAGCCGAGCUGAAGACCCUCCGGGACUUCAUGACGAUUGUCGCCAAGCUGUUCCCUGGCCGGCCCCCAGUCAGGAAGCUGCUGGUGACGCUGCAGGAGUGGCUGGCCACCCUCCCCUUGGACAGGAUCCCCUACAACGCCGUCCUGGACCUGGUCAACAACAAAAUGCGGAUUUCCGGAAUCUUCCUCCCCAGCCGCGUGAGGUGGGUGGGGUGUCAAGGAAGCCGCCCGGAGCUGAGGGGCUACCCGUGCUCCCUCUGGAAGCUCUUCCACACCCUGACGGUCCAGGCCUCCAGCCAGCCGGACGCGCUGGCCGGCACAGGGCUUGAGGAGGACCCGCAGGCUGUGCUGCAGGCCAUACGGAGGUACGUGCGCACCUUCUUCGGGUGCCGGGAGUGCGGCCAGCACUUCGAGGAGAUGGCCACAGAGUCUCUGGACUCCGUGAAGACGGCAGACCAGGCCGUGCUCUGGCUCUGGAGGAGCCACAACGCCGUGAACAGCCGCCUGGCAGGCCAGCUGAGCGAGGACCCCAAGUUCCCGAAGGUCCCCUGGCCCACUCCGGACCUCUGCCCCGCCUGCCACGAGGAGAUCAAGGGCCUGGACAGCUGGCACGAGGGCCAGGUGCUGGCAUUCCUGAAGCGGCACUAUGGCGGCAGCAACCUGCUGGACACCUACUCUGUGGACCUGGGGGACGCGAGGGGCAGCAGAGGCCUCCCUGCCCCUGAGCGGCCCCAGGGGCACCAGGACGCGGCGAGCCUCCGCCUGCCCAGCAGCCUCUCUGAGAGCCCGCAGCACCUGCUGGAUGUGAGAGCCCAGAGUCCCCGGGGGCCCCGGGCACGUGGGGAGGCCGAGGCGGCAGCGCCCGUCCUGGGCAUCGGCUUCUCCAGCUUGGACAUGAGCCUCUGCUUGGUGCUCUACGUGGCCUCCUCCCUCUUCCUCAUGCUCAUGUACUUCUUCUUCCGGGUGCGCUCCAAACGCUGGAAAGUGCGGCUCUACCACCCUGCCGUGUAGUGCCCUCCUGCCAGGGCCAGGGCCGGGGCGGCUCGGGGGGAGUCUGGAACCCCGCCAUGUGGCCCUGGGGCACUGUGUCCUGCAGGAGCGCUGGCCCUGGGUCCUGUCCAUGGCGCCUGCAGCUCAUGUCAGGGCCUUCUGUGCAUCCCUUGCCAGGAAGGGAGGAGCAGAGGGGACCCACCAGGGCUCCGGCUGAGACUCCCGCAGGGCCUGGCUUUGCACCUGGAGAAGCUCCUGGAGGUGGCCUCGUGGUGACACAGCAAAACCUCAACAGAGGCCUUUCCUGUGCCUCAGAACAGACGCAGGCAUAGGGCUGGCUUUGCCGUCAAUGCCUUUCCGCUGCUUGGCUGUUCCUGCAUGAGCUGUGGCCAUGGGCGCUCAGGUGCAGAGGCCGUGGAGGGCUCUGGUCACUGGAGCCUGCAGGCCUGUAGGCCCGGGAGUUUUGUGGCUUUGCUUUCUCUUAGAAUUAACCUGAGGGGCUGGGGAUUUAGCUCAGUGGUUCUACUGUCUGCCUCUCAAGUGCAAGGUCCGGAGUUCAAUCCCUGGUAACAAAAAAAAAAGAAUUAACUGAGGGCGGUGGGCAGUAAACUCGGGGCUUGGAAGGGCCAGGGUGGUGGCAGUGCCUCCUGUCUGUGUGGCAGCAGAGACGUGAGGGCCACCCCAAUGUGGCUGUCAGGGUCAGUGUGGGUAGGGUCCCCAGGAGACCCCCAGCACUGCUGCCUCCUGGGUUACUCCUCGGCCUGAGCCCCAGGAGGCACUGGGAGCCCCAAGAGGCCCCUGCUGGGGAGAAGGUCCCAGCAGGCUGGCCUCCCUGGGGAUGUUUUGACCAUUUAACAGUUUAAACGUGUUGUUUGUAAAACCCAAAGCAGUUUAGUGGUAAGUUUACCUCUAGACUUCAGCAGAGCAAAGCAGAUGUUCCCAGGACUCCUGUUGGACCUUCCAUGCCAGCGGCUUACCCCACAAGCUGCUUUUGGGGGAAUGAAGUGGGUUAGAGGCAAGUGCAUGCCGUGUGUGCGCACUCGCGCAUGUGUGUGACCAGGACAGUUGUAAACAUUUUUCCACUUUGUCUAUUUUAUAUUUUAUACUUCCAUGUUCCCUAAUGAUGGUCACAUGGGUGUCGUUGAGAGCCUGUAACAUUGCUGUCCUUGCUGCUGCGUGAGACACAUGGACAGCUGUCGCUUGCCUGGCCUCCCCAAUGCAGGAGGAAUGCAGAGGAGGGGGCAGGGAGCUCCUGCUGGGGCGAGGGGCCUGGCUGCCGCCUGCCUCGCUUCCUGUUUGACGCCUUUUAAUCCCUAGAGUCCUUUGUUGCUGGUCUUGGCCGCUGGUUUUGUGCCCGGGUUAUUGAAGGCACUGAGUUGCCUGUCUGCUUGAGAAGCCUCAGCGAAACAGCUCUGGUGAUGUGGGAUGAGUCUUUCCCAGGGAAGCGGAUUCUGAACCAAGAGUUGCUGCCACAGGGGACUGGCCACCGCUCCCAAGGGUUCACUGUCGGCAGUUGCUGCCAUGGUCCUGGCUGUCCCAGGGCAGGGCAGGGGUCUGGCCCAGUCCCCGUACCUCACCCUUAGGGAUGGCGUGAGGUCUGUUUCCUGAGGUUUUAAGUAUUACAAGAGGUGUGGAGACUAAUGAAUAUAAUAGUUCGAUAAUUUAAAUGUUUAUUUAUUUUUAAUGGAAAGAUUUUGAUUAAAAAGCCAAUUGACAUGAAAAUGUUAGUGAAAUUUCUUACCUACGAAGAAAAUGGACAUUUUGUAUUUAAGUAAACUAUAAUUGUGCACAUUUUAAGAAUAAAGAAAACAUUCGAGGAAA